AUGUAUUUAAUAUUUGUUAUAUCGUUGUUAUCCUUGCUGAUGGCAUUUGCAUCGAAAUUAACGAAAACCAUCCUUCCCUUCGUGUGCGGUGACAGCGUAGAAGUGAAAACAAGAAGGAAAGAAAUCGCAAAAUUACGAACCGAGCUUGGGAAGAUUUCUAUGCGCGAAGAAUAUACCAAGUACGUGAAGUGUGAGCGGGAAAUUGGUAAAUUAGAACAGUCGCUGAACGAAGCCAAAGGUCGCGAUAAUGUAAAGCGUGUGGCAUAUGAGUACGGGUUGCAUUACGGUGGUUUGGCCGUGCUUGGCCUUUGCAUGAUGUACAUUUCCAUCUUCUACCGUUACUCAACCGUCAUCGUGUUUGGGGACAAUUUUAACUUUGAACCAUUUGGUGGAUUUAUCAACUUUCCAACGAAAGUACCCAACUCCAUAUCGGUGGUGUUUUGGAUCGUUGUAAAUAACUUCGUCGCCAGAACAGUUGCCGGCUAUGUAAAAUAA